AUGCCGAGAAAAAGUGCACGACCGAAGGGAACGCUUCCGGAAAUCGAAGAGGUGAACCAGAGUGUUCGCGAGAUUUACGAGGGAACACCGCCGGCGUUCAAGAGCAUUCUGCCGGCGCACCGACUCAGCGGGCCCAAAUUCAUUGUUCCGCGAAAACUGGCCGACUAUCUGUUCACCGAUUGCCGCAGCACAGAAAGAUAUAAGUGAGUUUUGCUAUUUAAAAAAAUUGAAACGGAAAAAGUUAUUUUUGUCGAAAAUCGGCACGGAAUGAAAAAAGUCUCGAUUUUUCUGAUUUUUCACUCGGAAAACUACUCAUUUACUCUAUGAAAUCAGCUGAAACACGCCGAAAAACGUAUUUUGCGAAUUCAAGCUUACAAAAAGUCACGAUUUUGGCGAAAAAGAAAAAUUUGCGCGCUUCGCCGCACACAACGACAUUUUGAAGCAGAAAAAGCGGUCAUUUCAUAAAAAAACGCCAAUUUUGUCGUCCGAAAACGGUCAAGAAUGUGCAAAAUCUGCGGAGAAAUGAGCGGAAAAGUGAAUGUUUCUAUGUAUUUUGCAGAGAAGCGUUGGCCGCCGGAUACGGACGAGAUGACAUGAUCACACUGGCGAUUCGCAUCAACAUGAACUUGGCGGAGCCGUUGAGCGGCAACGAUGGGACCAACUACGAGGAAAGAUUGUUCACCGUCGACUCGCGGCUCACCGUCCAAAAGCUCAUCGAUUACUUUUCCGCAAAGUCGACCGUGGAUGGAACUAUGAUGCGACCCGAAUUGUAUGGCGGCAGGAGGAAGCAGCUGCUGCCGCCGGACACGGUGCUCCGCGACAUUGCCUAUAAAAUCCACGCGGACGGUCUCGACGAGGUGGUGUUCGAGAUGAAGUUUGUGCCGACGGAGGAGAUGAAACGACGAAUGCGCGAUCGGGUACAGGAGAUUGUGUGGACGCGUAAACGCAUUUUGGGCGGUCUCGACGAGGAAGAGGACGGCGAUUUCGAGGAGGAGUACCGGAUGGCAUGCCUCUAUUGCUCCGAUCUACCGCCUCUACCGCCGCCGCUGCACAAAGUUCGACGCAGGAAAUCGAGGGCGAAGCCGAAGCAGCCGCCCGCUCAGGAGGAGCCUGCUGCGGAAUCCGAGCCAGGACCUUCUCCGAAGCCUGUGGCUCCGAAUGAGCCUGCGAAAAGUCCCGAGGUCUACGUGCUCGAAGGUGAGCAUGAAGAGGACGAAGAGGAGCGUCCGGUCAAACAAAAAUCUGCGGAAGUUGUGCAGUCUCAGUCUAAGUCCGCGUCUGACCCCGGGCCUUCAACAUCGGCUCCUCCAGCCCAGCAACUUCACGUAAACGCUCCUCCUGGCCUGGCUCCUCUAAGCGCUCCUCCUGGCCUGGCUCCAGUGAACACUCCUCCUGGCCUGGCUCCAGUCAACGCUCCUCGCGGCCUGGCCCCAAUAUCAGCCCCUAUGGCGACUGGCUCCUCUGGAUCCUUUGGUUCAACCCGAUUCCAGCCCUACCCGCCGCAACCACAACAACGUCCGCGCCCGAGGAGAGGUCCGCGUGCGCCGCCCGGAGACACCACCCAAUACAUUCCACUGCCGACGUACACCGGUCCGGGCAUCCGCAUCGAAACGAUGGUUCCGCGCGAGGAGAAAAUCAAAGUCGUCGCGCCGCGCAUCGAAAAAUCGCUAGAGGAGGUGUCGCGGAUGAGCGACGAGGACCUCGAUCGACUGUUCGGACGCAUCGCCACCGAGCACAUUGUGCAGAAUCAGCAGUUUAGUGCGAUGCACAAGCGGAUGGCUGCGAUUCAAAUGCAGCAGCAGCACGAGAUGGCGCGAGUGUCCAAUCAGAUGCCACGCAGAGUUCAGCCUAUUUUGCCCGUAAGUUUUUGGUGAAUUUGAUGAAAAAAUAAUUGUUUUUUUUUUGAAAGUGCAGUAGAGCGCACUUGAAACUUGAAAGUUCCAACAUCGAGUCUAACAAUAAUCAAAUUUCAGCGCAGCUUUCCGAUGGCCCUCCCGCCGCAAUCUCAACCUCCACUCCGGCCACCGCCCGUCCGCUACCCGGUCUCGGUGGUCCAGCAAGGCGGUCCGAACCUGCAGAACCUCCAGCGGGCGCGGAUCAUGGGUGUGGGCGGUGAUCAGCAGGGGAUCCUCAACCGUCUCGUGCCCGUCAACAUGAUCAACGCGCGUGCGGCGCCGAACAUGCGAGUGCCCGGUCCGGUGCCUCGGAUUCUCCACAGACAGCCCGUGAAUCCGCUGGCCGGCCUCAACGACGAUCCGUGCUGGUUCCAAUUUCCGGCGACGCCGAACCGCAAGAACCGAUUCGUGUCGAUUCCGCGGCCCAAUCAUCCGGACAAUGUCAUCUGCUGGAAUCUGUAUCCGUUCAUGAAGAGGGGUCCGGUACGUGUCUGAACGUUUUUCUAGUCAUUCUCCAACAUUGUCUUUUUUUUUUCAGAAAGUCGACUCGACCAACUCUCUGACGGCAGUCUUCGAGUACAUUCAGCUGUGCCGAUUCCGAAAGACCGACCCCGCCCACUUCUUGGACUAUUAUCAUUUGGCCGAAGUGGAUCCGGGCUUCGGCACGCCGCUCUCCAUCAUCGACUACAAUCUGCACGCGUCGCGACGUCGGUGCGACAUUAGCGCAGUCGUCAUUCCGAAGUUGGAGGCUCACGAGCAAGUGCAACUCUUCUCGCUGAAUCUGGACGCCGACGAGAGAAACUUUGAAAAGUUGCGCAUAUUCUACACGAUCAUGAAAUGGUUCCGUACGAAUACGAACCGAACGCCGCCCGAGGAGAGAGUCGCCGCCAUCUUAAAGGCCGUUCCUCGAGAGCCAUCUCCGUCCCGAUCGGUCUCACCGGCUCCGGUACUGGAACCAGAGCCCGAGCCAGAAAAUGAGCCUUCCGAUUCUGCUCGAGAGUCGGCGGCGGCGUCUCCGGCUCCGCCACUUGUAGCCCAGGGCUCUGGAUCUGAAUCUGCUCCAGCUUCUCCGUCCUCGACCGUCGCACCGUCACCGCCCUCUCCGCCUCCUGCUCCGGCUCCGGCUCCAGAUGCUGGGGCGUCAUCGGAUCAAGCGGUGGAUGCGAUUAAAGCGCUAGCUCUGGAGGAUCGGUCAGAAUCUGCAACUCCGGACCCGGAAGAAGAGGGAACGUCAGCGAGAACCCGACCGAUUCUCCGCGUUCCACCGCCAAGACCCCCCGCAUCCGGAAACGCGACGAACGUGGGUCGACGUGAGCUCACGAUGAUCCUCGAGAAUAGGCAAGAACCGCGGGCGUGCACCAUCGAACGCGACGGAUCGAAUCGGCAGAACGACGACAAUUCGCCGACGUCGUCGGAAGCCACAUACGAGGAGGAACGCUUGACACCCGGAGUAGGCACUGUCUCCCCGACGGCGAGUGAAAAAGUCGGCGUCGCCGCGUUAGAACGAACUGUCGUUGAGAGCAAAAGUAGGUCUGAAAUUUCUCAGGGGAACAACGGUGAGACGAAAGUUUUGAGUGGUGGACACUGUUCAUAUUCCCAAAAAAAUCUCCCCAUAAAUCGACACUGAGAGCCGCAAGCAGCAUAAAAAAGCGCGCGACGAAAAUCUCAUUCGCCGAAGGGGAGACCGUGAGUUGGUUCAAUUUUUCGAAUAGUAUUCCGUGUACUAGUAACAUUUAUUUUUAUUUCAGAAUCAAAUCCAACGGCCGCAAGCUCCGAUCCCGCCGCAAUCGCCGGAAAUGGCGUCCGCCGAAGAACACGCUGGCUCCAGGGACAACCCGAUUCGACUGGAUGAAUAA